CAACAGGAAAGCAAAGAUGCUGCUCCUCUUGGCAUCUCUCUGCCUCUGGACUUUCCCCCAGACCAGGGCAGCACCAUCUAGCACCCAGGAGAUGACCAGAGGAUUGGUGAGUCCAAGAUGCCUGGGUUCUCAGGAAAGAGCGGGGUCUGGGGGUUUAGGGUAAGGGUGCUAGGAGUCAGGACUCCUGAGGGUUUUUUGGGGGGGGGAUCUAGUGUUUAUGGGGAGAGAGGAGUUGGGACAGCAGAUUCUCUAGGAGAUCAUUAGGGUUCAGGGGUGGGGAGGAGUUCUGCAGGCCAGGACCCCCUUGGGAAGAAGCUGGUGCCUGGAAUUAGAGGGGGCUGUGGAAGGAUUUGUCGAUGCUUGUGAAAAAAAUAAAUAUGCCCAGGAGUUAGUAAUAAGUGGGAGCUGGACUCUGUCCCAAAGUCUCUGGGAGUGGGGUGAAGGAGGAGCUCCUAUCUCUUCACCUCUUGCCCCUGAAAGAGGGAUAAAAUCGAUCCAUUUCCUUGAGGUUUCAUGUUUCAAAUUGCCUGCUGUUGGGAAAUAAUUGAUCCCUUUAGUUAGUCCCUGUUUUCUUCCUCCUGCCCCCCUGCCUCAGUUCUCUAGGGAUAAUUUUUCGCCUCUUGGUAAUGUGCAAUCUGACCUUCGUAUCCUGUCCCCCCACCCCUUAUCUAUAGCCAUGGAAAAGGGUAUAUUCUGUCCUCUGUCCUCUGUUGGAGAAAAACUGACAGAUCUGCCACCAUCUGUCUGUCCUUUCUCAUUUGAUGCCUUUAAUUGUCCUUUUUGAGUGGUCCCCACCUCCCAAUACCAUCCUUUGCCCCGGGUGGGGGGACAAACCCCUCGAAUCUGCUUAUUUUUGAAUCAUUUUCUGAAUAUGCAAGGCAAGUUCAAAGAGUAGCUAUCCUCUGUAGCUUUGAGCCUGUACACUUGCUGAGCUCAGACUGUGUCUCAAUAAGUCUUCGCAUUCGGAUCCUGCAGAUUUUUCUAACUUUGCAUCCCACAGAUUCACCCCCAAGUCCCUGUGACUUGAUCAGCUCACUUAACAAAGUCAAGGAGUCCUGGUGGCUGAAGCUGCCCAUCACAUUUCCUUGUCGCUGCUCCUGUUGCAGGAUAGGAUAUCGCCACCCACCCUUCACACUCCUAAAUCCAGCGGGGGGUGCAAAAUUGAUAAUAUAAUCAGAUAGAGGAACUGUCAGAGACACAUGCAUGCUUCUGUGCUAACACAUCGAAAGAGGCUUCUGCGCAAGGGUGCUUUCAGAUGGGUGGUAAUUAUGGGAUGGAUGCUUCUCCAUGCACAACGGCAUCAAAAUGCCAACCUCUCUUACUGCCCAGCCUCAUUUAAUCUGGAUUGACCCUUUCCAGGAAAAAGCUGGCAAGCUUUUAUUUUAAAAGCCAGCUCUUUUGCAAAUGACCUGUUUUCAAUAUUACAAUGACCUGUUUUUACAGUAAUAAUCCCACACCUGGAAGAAACCUGACUAAAAAAUGCUAGCAUCCUCUUAGAUCAGGGGUCAGCAACCAUUUUCAGCCGUGGGCUGGUCCGCCGUCCCUCAGACCAUGUGGUGGGCCGGACUAUGUUUUUUUUUGGGGGGGGGAAUGAACGAAUUCCUAUGCCCCACAAGUAACCCAGAGAUGCAUUUUAAAUAAAAGGACACAUUCUACUCAUGUAAAAACACACUGAUUCCCGGACCGUCCGCAGGCCGGAUUGAGAAGGCAAUUGGGCUGCAUCCAGCCCACGGGCCUUAGGUUGCCUACCCCUGUCUUAGAUAAAGGAUGGUCUGCUUCCAGGAUGGAAGGCUUUGCUUAGAAUGAAUCAGUAUACCAUUGUGGCCCCGGGCUGCAGUUCAGCAAUGCACUUAUUAUUUGGAGCAGGGGGUCUCCCUUUAGCUGGCAGUGUGCCUUAGGGUGUUGCUUCCAGACAUAGGUCUCCUCGUGCUGCCAGACAAUUGUUCUUCUGCUGUUAAGGCACGAGUGGGAUUGCCGUUCACUCUCCAAACUUCAAGGACAUAUCCUUUGUUGAGUGUCACUUAGGGGUGGAGGAAGGUGCCUUAUCCUGAGUCAUCUCAUUGGUCCAUCUAGCUCAGUACUGUCUACUCGGACUGGCAGAAGCUCCCCAGGGUUUCAGGCAGCUCUACCUGCAGAUGCAAGCAGAAGUUCAAUCCCCAGCAAGGCAGAUGCUCUGCCACUAAGCUAUGUCUCUUUCCCAGGAGCUACUCCAAAAUACAAGCCAGAUUUGCAAUUUGGGAAGUGUCUUCCUGCUUGUUGUACUAAGUUCCUGCUCAUUGCCUCUGUGCCCUAAAGUCCUACCCUGAACGCACCACUAUCACUAUGUGCACCUGUUCUUCCUGGAACAGAAAACCAGGGCCCAGUUUUUCCCAGGGUUUAGCUCAUUGAAAGCAUUUGCCACCAAAAUUUGGGGGGCAGGACUCCUGCAUUUUGAAUAGAUCGGUGCCAGGCAGAACCCUUCAACCAAGUAAAUUGUUAAAGAUACAAGAUCCUUGCCAGGAAAAGUGGGACAUAAACUUGAAAGUCUCUGUGGCUUUUAACGAAGUGGAAACAUCUCAGCCGUGGCUCUAGCUGCCAGGAUCAGUUCAGAAGUCCAGUGCCGUCUUAAUAUCUUUCUCCUGCGUCAGCCUCUUUUCCAAGAGUAGUGCCAGGGGGAGCCAAGUGCACAGACAAGCUUGUAUCUGUAGGAUUGUGAACCAUUAAGAUGCUAGUGGCAUCUUUUUUUUCUGGGGGAGGGGUGUUAUUGGGUUGUUGUUUUUAUUUUGAUUGUAUAUGUAUAUGUGUAUGUGUAUGUGUAUGUGUAUAUGUAUAUGUAUAUGUAUAUGUAUAUAUAGUGGUUUUAAUGUUGGAUCUUUUCUGUGAACCUCCCUGAGACCUCCGGGGUAUAGGGCAGUUUGUAAAUUUAUAAAUAAAUAAUAAAAUAAUAGUGGCAGGCAUGGGGCUGUGUGCACCAUAUCCAUUCAUUUCCUUUGGGCAUACUUGGGGCGUUUUUCUUUAGACGCCCCCAAACAGCAACAUUUAGGUUUCCUGUAUCUAUGAAUCAGAUGAACAAACCACAUUAAAUAGAUUGUGGAGGAGUGCUUUUCUCAAAAUACUUUUUGUGGCAUUCAAGCAGCACACGAGACACUCAAAACUGAAACUAAAAUUGAGGGCCACAUAAAAAUGCACCCGUUGGAUGCUCAUGCCUCUCAUGUUCUGAGCGUGAUUGCCAUAACUGACCAUUGAAAUAGACUUCCCUUCCCCCAUUUCCCCCAAAUCAAACUUGCUAGAGACUCUGGAUUUUUACUGCUAAUACCUGCAACAUGCAGCUUGGCUCACUUCCUUGAGUAACCUCCUGCUAUCCUUUCCUCAGACAACUACAUUUUGCAGUGUGCCUAAUCCCUCUUAGCAAAGCCACUUAAAUAAUGCAAACAGAGUCCAGAGAGAAAAGUUAUGAUAACAGUUUGCUGAGCAGAAUAAAGAAAAAUAGUGUAUAAUAAAAAGAACAAAGAGAUUUUGUCUUUCCUGGUUCAGAUCUUGUACAACACAUAUAGAGGAAAAUUCCCUCAAAACUAAACAGCCAAGGAAGGAUCAUGCCUGUAUAGUUGCUAAGCAACACCAUUUGACUUUAACAUUAACAGGAUUAACACUUAAGUCACAAACGGAAUGAUCUCUGCUGUUUGCACUUCCAACAAUCUCUGGCUGUGUGGGAUCAUAUUCUAGAUUAGCAGUAGAGCUUUACACACCAAACCAGACUAUGUGGGCUAUGUUCUCUUCCUCCUCCACGAUUCUUUUGCUUCUUUACACAGCGCAUAAUUGGCGUGUGGAAUUAACUGCUGCAAAAUGUGAUGAUGGUUGCUGGUUUCGAUGGCUUCAAAAGGGGAGCAGAAAAAUUUGCAAAGGGCAGGUCUAACAGCUGUGGCUCAAUGGAGCAUCCAUGUUCAGAGACAGUGUAUCACUGAACAGUACCGGUUGCUGGGGAACAAUUUCCUCCUUUCCCUGCUUGUGGGCUCCAUUAGUGACGAUGAACGCAAUUAAUAUUGCAGAGUGUUCGGCACAUUUUCAAAAGUGCUUUUAUUAUAAAUGAUUCAUAAUACACUUUCAGGCAGGUUUUGCGGUGUUGCGGGAUGCGGCAAUAAGACCCUCCCUCCUCUUUGCACCAUUUUUUUUAUGCUCACCCCACUUCUUUGGAGAGGGGAGAUCCCUUCCAACUAGUAGAUCUGGGGAUCUAGGCGCUCUUGAUUUGGACUCCUUCCACUGGUUCCCAUGGCUACCUAUUUUGUGCUUCCUCUGGGAAGAUGAUUUCCGCCAGCCGCUUGACCUUUCUAAGAGAAAAUGGCAACUCACCCAUAUCCCACCAGCUGGAAACAGCAGGGCGUGUGUUCGCGCCUCUGUGCAGAUAGAUAGAUACACAGAAGGAGAAAGGUCCAUCCUGGAAACUGGUGCAAAAGGGCUGGUUGUGGGGAGGUCAUGGGGGUCCAGAGAAACUAGGGGGCGGCUCUUGGAUUCCACAGCAGCCUUCAGGGAACAAAACAAAGGGGCCUUUGAGCAGGGCAGGGGGCUGUGGUGAAUCGGGAAUCUGUGAAGCUCACUCAGGCCAACCCUCCAGCCCAGAGGAUGUUGCUGGGAGCUCCCCCAUGAGAUCAGCGCUCGGUCUUUGCAGCAUCCCCUUCUAGGACUACAUAGGAAACAGCCUUACACCAAGCCAGGCAGGCUGUCCAUCCAUUUAGCCUUGUGCUGUCAGCUCAGACUGACAGCAGAGUGUUGAGCAGAGAAGGCUUUCCCAUCACUCUUCCUCCAAGGGCUGGAGCUCAGUGACAGAGCAUCCGCCUUCCAAAAUAUCCAAGGUUCAACCCCUGAUAUCUCCAGGAGAGACCCAUGUCUGAUACCCUAGAGCAGGGGUCAGCAAACUUUUUCAGCAGGGGACCGGUCCACUGUCCCUCAGCCCUUGUGGGGGGCCAGACUAUAUUUUGAGGGGGGAAAUGAACCAAUUCCUAUGCCCCACAAAUAACCCAGAGAUGCAUUUUAAAUAAAAGGACACAUUCUACUCAUGUAAAAACACGCUGAUUCCCAGACCAUCCAAGGGCCGGAUUGAGAAGGCGAUGGGGCCGGAUCCGGCCCCCGGGCCUUAGUUUGCUGACCCCUGCCCUAGAGAGCCGCUGCCCUCAACUGCCCUGAUUAAAUGGGGACAUCCCAUUUUGGGGCCGCAAUCUUGCGCAGGUCAUGUGACUUGCACAAGGAGACACACAUCCCUGUUUUCCACAGUGACAUGUUGGCGGACAUGUCAUUGUGGACAGGACAGAGUUUGCUUGCUUGUGAUUUGUUUAUGCAUAUUGAUAUUUCUAGAUUACCUUUCCAUGGGGUAGGCAGCUAAUACUGAAAGGCAGCAAAAGCUUGUAUAAACCUUGCAUGCACAAUACAGUAAAAAAAAGCCCCAAUCUUUCAAACUGAAAACAAAAGAAAGCUUCAUUCUGUUGUUUGUAUCCACGAAUCCUCUCCCUGUCCCACAGCAGGCUGAAGUGGUGUGCAAUUCCAGAGCAGUUAUCACAUCGCUUGCUCCUUGUGUGAACAAGGGGCACGGGUUCAGCAAGCCAUCACCAUUAAUUUAGGCUUUCUGUGCAGUCUUGCCCCAGAAAACCCAUGUCAGGUGUUGAAUUUAUACCAAGGGCUUAUCCACACCCCUGUUUGCUGUGCUGCUUUCUCCCUGGGAAACCUGCGGUUUAGCGCUGAAUGGAAACAAAUCGUUUCCCAUGGAUUGCUGUUUGUUCUGAUUUAGCACUAAAGAGCAGGUUUUCUGGGAGAAGCUGCUCAGGACCAUGCCAGGAAAGAGCAAGACAAUGGACUGUUGAUAUUGCUGGCCUCGAGCCUUUUUUAAGGAUGAGCAGAGCCACUUUCAGAGAGCAGGUUUUCUGAAGCACCUCCCUCCUUCAUUAAACCUCACGGCAGCAGCAUUUAACAGAGAUGGGGACACACUCGACAGAGAGGUUUGGCAAAGCGCUCUGCAAAGUGCCUCUCCCCUCCAUUAAACAGCUUGCCUGGACCAUCUGCAGCCCGUGCUGUUCGCUCGCUCACAUGCCUGCCGUUCUCCCAUCGUGAUGGAGUUUGGCAAUCACACAAACUACAGUGUGGCUCCAGCCUUCCCUUGUUAUAUAUAUAUAUAUAUACUGUAUAUAGCAGAGUGUGUGUGUAUGCACAGACUUAGACAAGCUUGGCAGAUCAUGAAGCCCAUUGUAGGAAAACUUCAUCAAAAGCCAGUUUGGAUACAAAGCAUUAGAGUCCUUAUAAACAUGCAAAGCAUAAUAGAAACUCUCAACACCUUCAGCUGAAUCCAUUCUUAGAGGCCCACGAGACAAAUUAUGCGAUUAAAAGUUUGUUUUGAACUCUGAGAGCCGCAGUGGAAAGCUUCCUCAAGGGACCCUCUUGGCAGAUUCACAAAGUUUAUACACAUGCAUUCAUAUAGAGGCUUGAGGGCCCCUUGAGUCCUCCGUUUCCUCAGGGAAACCUCGAGAACACAGGCUACAUACACAAGUGUAUGCCUUUAAGGCACAUUCUUUACCCCAAAGCAUCCUGGGCACUGUAGUUUGUUGAGGGUUUCUGGGAACUGCAAGGCUGCGAGGGGUUAACCACAGGUGCCCAGAAUUCUUUGAGGACAAAGAACAUACCUCAAAUGUACUUUAAAGGUACAGUGUGUACACAGCCCAGGAAGCUGCAUGGGACGUGGGUGGUGCUGUGGUCUAAACCACUGAGCCUCUUGAGCUUGCUGAUCGGAAGGUCGGCGGUUUGAAUCCCCGUGACAGAGUGAGCGCCCGUUGCUCUGUCCCAGCUCCUGCCAACGCAGCUGAUCGAAAGCAUGCCAGCGCAAGUAGAUAAAUAGGUACCACUGUGGCAGGAAGGUAAAUGGCAUUACCGUGUGCUCUGGUUUCCAUCACAGUGUUCCGUUGUGCUGGCCACAUGACCCAGAAAGCUGUCUGUGGACAAACGCCGGCCCCCUCGGCCUGAAAGCCAAAUGAUUGCCGCAACCCCAGAGUCACCUUUGACUGGACUUAACCGUCCAGGGGUCCUUUACCUUUACCUUUAGGAAGCUGCAAGAGUUUGGAAGCUGGUCAAGUGUCUAGCUCCCUGUCUCACGCCUGUCAUUUUCACAAUUUUCUUUGAGAAUUGAAGAACAACCUUACUGGAGCAGACUGUGGGUCUGUGUCAUAGUUCUUCUCAGAGAAGGGUCAUUUAAAUCAAAGGGCACAGACAUCCUCAGUCCAUUGAUUUCAGUGUGUCUGCUCUGAGGAGGUGCAACAAGGGGGCAAAGUGUCUAGCCCAGUAUCCCCACAAGCAAGAGAGCAGACCUCUUGCCCUGUUAAGCCCCAGCAAUUCAUACUCAGAGUCACACUAUCUCUGAGCCUCGUGGGUGCCUCUGGGCACCAGGCUGGCCCCAUGUACCUAGCCAUCAUGACUAGUAGCCAUUUAUAAAUCUAUCUUCUGUGAGUUUGUUUAGUCCUCUUUGAAAGGGGUCAUCACCACAAUCUUGUGACAGCAAGUUCCAAAAAUAGUAAAUAUAAUAAUGACCUGGGGAAAGAAGAACUGUCCUUUUGUCUGUUUGGGAUCUCCUGGCAGUUGGUUUCAUUGGCUAGCUCAUUUCUUCCACUCUUUCACCAGCUCUUGUGUUCAUCCCUUCCUUUCUCUCUCUCUCUCUCUCUCUCUCUCUCUCUCUCUCUCUCCAUCCUUCACCGACUGCCUGUAAAAUAAAGGGCACUUUGGAGUGCCUACCUGGCUGGCUGAUUUAAGGUGCAUGCCGGCGUUUGCUGAAACUGCCUUCUUCCUGCAGCUCAUUAAUCACAUGCUGCCAUUUCCAAGAUACUUUGGGCAAAGCCUUGGGCAUGAAGCUGGUCCCAGACUAAUACAUAUCUUUGUAGUUCAGAUAUGCCAGAAGAGGAAGGAAAGCUUGGCGCCUUUAUUCAGAAUAGGUGAAGGAAUCAGGUGCGGUGAGAGGAGCUGCAGGGCUGUGCUUUAGCCCUAUCCCACUGUUGCCACAGAAUCAUAGAUUCGGAAGGGACCCCAAGUGUCAUCUAGUCCAACCCCCUGCAAUGCAGAAAUUGUGGGGACAACUUCUGAGCGGAGCACCUUGCAAGGCAGCAAGAAGGCUGCCCUCCCCCCACGUGAUUUAGAACCCUGGGGAAAUUGUGGUUUUAAAGCAUGCAGAAGGUGCUUUCCAAUUUGGUGAUAGUUGGAGGAGUCGGAUGGCUUGGGGGUGGGGGGCUAUAUAUCGGACUCCUACUAUCUGCAUGCUAAUUUCCCGAGAUGAUUUUAUCUUUUAAAAAGGAAAAGCCAUUUCCUCUUUAUUUAGCUAAGAAAGAUACAGGGGUGUUGCGGGGUUUGUGUGUGCAUGUUUGUUUGUUUCCCUUCAGAGAGUCCAAGCCUCUGCAGGCAUAAAAAGUUCUUUUUCCUUGCUCUCAAUUCCCCUCAAGUAGCAAGAAAGGCACCACUCACUUCAGGGGAAAGGAAGGGGAAGUUGGGAAUCCCCUCAUGAAUAUCUGUCCUCCUCAGUCACAAAAAAUAAUUAGAAGACCAAACAUGGACUGAAAUAAUUGGGGGGGGGGAGUCCCCCUCAUCCAUGCUAAAAUCAGAAUAGAAUGUGAUGGGGUUUUUUUAGCUCUGAUCCUGCAUUCACUUGAAUACAGACGGCUGAAAAUCGCAGAUGGGGUCAGGGAUACACACUCAAGUCCCAUCCUCCAGCAGCCACAGGUGUGCAGACUCCUCUUUAGAUCAUGGUCACAUUGAACACCAAGGUCUGCAAAGGAUUUCUAAGAGAGUUAUGUCUUAUGAGGCACGGGGAGGUUCCUAAGCAUGCUGAGCAGAAGGCACUUAGGAACCUCCUGCAGAUCUUUGCACAACAGCCCAAAGAGCAGGCUGCUUGCCCAGGUCUCAUGUGUGCACUUGUGUUUUUAGGAAAAACCCUGAGCAGGGUCAUACAAGACUUCAGGUUUGUUUGAUUAACUUUGCUCUUUUCACUCAAACCCCCAAAUCUACCAAACAGCUGCAAAAAGGAAGCAAGAGUUUUUUUAAAAUGGAGUGUUCCAAGUAUUGCCCCAUCUGCACUAUACAUCAAAACAGGUAUCAUAGCACUUUGUACAGUCAUGGUUUCCCCCAGAGGAUCAUGGGAAGUGCAGUUUGUCAAGGAUGUUGAGAGUUCCUCAAUUCCUCUCACAGAGUCACAGUUCCAAGAGUUCCCAGGAAUUCCUUGUACUGACUAACAAACCCCCACUAAUUAUGUCCUCGCAGGAGUGGUUAACCCGCUACGGCUACCUCCCUCAACCGGACCCAAGGGCAGCUCGCCUUCAAAGCCCAGAGGAACUGAAAAGCGCCAUCAGAACAAUGCAAAGAUUUGCAGGACUGCCUGUGACCGGGACGAUGGGUAUGUACUGGGAGAACGUCAAUCUGGUUACACCUUCUCCCCACCCCCAGUGUUGGUUGGGAUGUGUUGCCGUCUCUCUUUCCGGCAGGUCUCUUGGGUGUCAGAUCUCAGCCUUUCACACCAGGGAAAGUGUAAGUAAAAACGUCUCUAAGCGUGUGUAGAUUGCUCUUGCCUGCGCAAUGAGGGCCUGUCUCAUACGACACGUAGCCAGUUCACAGCUGUCUGUCAUGUUUUCCAUUAUGAUCUAUGUGGUCGGAGCCCAUAUGCACCUCUUAAAGUUUGACAGGAGCAUGUGUCUAAAGAUCAGGCCUGUCAGGCUGAAAAGGUUCCUCACCCAGGAGAGGUGGUCCCGUAGGUACGAGGGUCCUAGGCUGUAUAGGGCUUUAAAGGUUAAAACCAGCACCUUAAACCUGAUCCUGUACUCCACCGGGAGCCAGUGCAGCUGGUAUAGCACUGGGCGAAUGUGAUCCUGCAGCGAGGACCCCAUAAGGAGUCUCGCCGCGGCAUUCUGCAUCCGCUGGAGUUUCUGGGUCAGUCUCAAGGGCAGCCCCACGUAGAGUGAGGUACAAUAACCGAGUCUGGAGGUGACCGUCGCGUGGAUCACAGUGGCUGGGUCAGGGCGAGAGAGGUAAGGAGCCAACUGGCACGUCCCACGGAGGACCUUACGGUCUUCAAACAAAAACAUCUUGGAGGUCCUGGGCCACAGGGAGGUUAGGCUGGCCUCAACCAGAACCAGGGUUUUUUCGGCUGUGGCUCCGAUCUGGUGGAACGCUCUGUCACAAGUGACUAGGGCCCUGCGGGACUUGACAUGUUUCUGCAGGGCCUGCAAGACAGAGCUGUUCCACCAGGCCUUUGGCCAAGGCACAGCCUGACCCCCACCCCCACCCCUUUGGUAAUCCACACAGAACUCUGGCCCAAUGGUUGCCAUUAAUUUGAUUUUGAACUGAUUUUAGAAUGAAUUGAUUUUAGAAUGCUGUAUUACUUUACUGUUGUUAGCUGCCCUGAGCCCGGCUUUGGCUGGGGAGGGUGGGAUAGAAAUAAAUUAUUAUCAUCAUCAUCAUCAUCAUCAUCAUCUACAGGACGUUGGGCCCAGAGCUGUGUAGUCAAUGUAGUCACCUGCAGAAAAGAUGUGUUUGGGACCUUAGCAGGGCUCCUCAGGAGUACGCCUGGUGCUCCAAGUUGAAUUCUGGAGCACAGCUGGUCUCAGCUGGAGGGCAGGGCUCUAGCUUCAGUGGGGGCAUGUGCUAGGCCCAGAAUCCAGGGACGACAGGCCACUAGUUGCAGAUCCAGGAAGCAAAGUCAUGCCAGGUUCUGGAAGGCAAGGCAUAGCCCACGUCCAGAUACACAACCUCCAAAGCAAGCAAGAGAGGUGGGCAGCACCCUGGAGAGCUCCAAGUGGUGGGACAAGAAAGGUUUGGGGGAAACCGAUCCAGCAAUCAUAAAAUCUUAGCUGAGUCUUGGGGCUCGUCCACACUUCUGCUUGUUGUGUGCUAAGAAAGCGCAGGUCCGAGACGUUUUCUGCUUGUCCCGUGCUUGCUUUAAGAGCAUGGUGUGGAUGUGGCCUAUGUUCCUCUCCUUUGCAGACCAGAAGACCUUGGACAUGAUGAGCCACCCUCGCUGUUCCCUUCCUGACAUUAUUGGCACCUCGGAGUUGAUGCGUCGCCGGCGCAGGAGGAGACGCUAUGCUCUCAGCGACAGUGUCUGGACGAAGACCAGCUUGACAUGGCAGUAAGCAGAGGGUGGGGUUGAGUGGGUAAAACCACAUCUCACUUCCUGUUACUCUUUUCUUCCUGUGGUUUUGCACUAAAAUAUUUUAAUGGUGUCGGUUUGCGUCGCUAUAAAUGAUUUGUUUCCAUUUCCCACUAUUUUUAAUUUAUUCUAGACAUCCUGUCGUUUUCUUACCUUUUUUGGGCAGGUGUCAGGAAUCUUUGGCCCGCUAGAAGAUGCCGAACUACAAUUCCCAUCCUCUUUACCCCUUGGCCAUGCUUGCUAGGGCUGAUGGGAGUUGUAGUUCAGCAACAGCUGGAAGGCCAAAGACUCUUCACCCUCACUUUAUGGGUUGCAUCCAACUAAGAGAAGGCCCUCUGAAAUUAAUGGGCCUAAGUUCGUCAUACCUCUCAUUUCCAAUGGAUCUCUUCUGGGUAGGUACAACAUUGGAUAGAACCCAGGGUUCCAUCUUUUUGCUCACAACCCUGUCAGUCUGUUGCCUUCCUCUCCCUUAUUCCCUCGUUUUUCAUUUUCCCACUGCAGCAUCCGUUCCUUCCCCCGCACCUCCCAGUUGUCCUCCUAUAAAGUCCGGGAACUUAUUUCCCUUGCCUUCCGGGCCUGGAGCCGUUCCUCAGCUUUGACCUUCCGAGAGGAGACUUCUGGGCAAGCUGACAUCGUGGUGGACUUCAGCCGCUCCUAUCACGAAGACAGCUACCCUUUCGAUGGGCCGGGAGGCACCCUGGCCCACGCCUUUUUCCCCGGGGAACACCCCAUUUCUGGCGACACUCAUUUCGAUGAUGAAGAGACAUGGAUACAUGACCCGGACAACAAGUAUCCAGGUACCUUCAGAAUCAGGGUCCCUCCAGACAUCCUUUUAGUUGUGUGUUUUCAUGAUGAUUUGCACUUGUGUUGCGAUCUAGGAGGCAGGGGCGUCUUACCCAUACAGGCUAGUGGCGCGGGGCGCCAGGGCGCCAAGUUCUGGAGGGCACCAGGGAAGAGGUGGAGGCUGGACACAGUACCUCCUGGCAUCAGCUUGCCGCCCUCACCCGCCUCCGCCAUGCUGCACCAAAGCAGCGCCACGCCCAGAGCCUUCGUUUGCCGUGGCCACCACGGCAUGAAGCUGCCGGCUGAGGCGGGAGGCGCCGUGUCCAGCCUCUGUCUCUUUCCCGCCGGAGGAGCCGCCCUCCUCCAGCCCCGCCAGCAGCGCCGUCCUCCCUAAAAAAAGGUGGGCAACUCUGGGAAACGGGGGGGGGGGCGCCGGAGGGAGUUUUGCACCACGGCACCAGAUAUGCUUAAGACGGCCCUGCUAGGAAGUCAGACACUAUUCCGGCUUUCGAUACCAUUUGCACCCGCAAAUGUUCUGGGACUGUUGCACCCGCUUCCUUUCAUUCCAGUACCUUCCUGCUGAAAUCACACCGCAAAUGCUUUGGCGUAUAUUUUUGCCCCCGCUUUUGUUGCACUGUAGCUCCCUUUGGAUAGCAAGAAUGGGGAAGCAUUGGGGAUACAUCGCAGCGCAAACUAAUGCAGAACAAACCCUUCGCUGAUGUGCUGUUGUUGUGUCGAGAACAUGCUGAGGAAUACACCACAAUAAAACACCUGAUUGGAGAGGCUGGCAGGGAGAAGAAGCCAAGCCCAUGGGUAACCUUUCCCUUUUCUCCUGAUAUCAGGUCGAGGCACAGAUCUCUUUGCUGUAGCAGUUCACGAAUUUGGCCAUGCCUUGGGGCUGUCUCAUUCUUCCAUCAAGGAAUCUAUCAUGAUGCCCUAUUACCAGGGACCUGUUGGGUCGCCUGAGCUCUACCAGCUGCCGCAGGAUGAUGCCAUGGGGAUUGAACAACUCUAUGGUGAGAGACUAGCCAGUCCCCUCCUGUUUUCAUCUGCUGUCUUCCCAUCUCGAUGGCCAGUGUUUCUUCUCCUUCCUCCAAUCACAUCCUGUCCCUUCCUUCCUUCCUUUCUGUAUCCUUUUAUAACACGCCCAACACACACAUAGACACACCGUUGGCAACCAGGGUGCAGUAAAAUACACCCAGUGCAAUUUGCCAACACCCUGCCCCAAAUAACCUACUAAGAGAGCAGGAGCUGUAAAUUCCACACUGGCUGGUUAAAGACCUAGAUCAGCCUUGUAAGUGAGCGAGCUUAGCAGAGGAGGGAAGGAGCACUUCGCCCCUCCUCUGCCAAGCCAGCUCACUCACCUGCAUAGAAUUCCUAGCUGCCUAUACUGACCAGGCGACUGCUGAAAUCCAAGGCUGACCUAGCAAACUUCUCCAGCCGCCACAAGAAUCUGGGCCCCUUCCAAAGCGGAGACGGGGAGGCCUACAUCAUCCACUGAGUUCAGGCACAAAGGUGACCUCAGAUAGCACAGCAGGUGUGUCUUGGGCAUAGAUUUCUCUGCAUCUCUGCACACGCCGCCCCUUUCGGGUUGUCCUCUUUCUUCCAUCUCAGUUUCUGCUUUUUCUUUCAUAAUGUCACUGCUUGCUUCAUUUUCUUGUAAGCGUCUAUUUUUGACAUCCUGUCAUAGAGUUGCAUAAGGUGAGGCAAGGCCAUCUAUACUUUGCCUCUAGAGAGUAUCUCAAUUUCUCUGUUCCAUCAUCCUUCUGAAUACAUACGUAUUCUCUCUUCCGUUUUCUCCCAUGUCAGAGAACACCUUGUGCUUGAAUGCAUGUUUCAUGUUUUUUUCUGACUCGUUUCCCCCCCCCCGUUGUUGUUUUUUAAAAAUUCCCUGCAGGUAAGCGUCCAUCAGGUUCAUACCCAGAUUCCGAUAUCCCAAAAUUUCCAGUCCCCACAGACCUUCCAAUCCCUGACCUGCCACCCGACAGACCCACGCAAGGGUGAGUAUCCUUCCUUAUCAUAUGGAAACCCCACAAGAAGUGGGUAUUUUCAGAUGUUGCUGACCUAUAGCCCACAGCAUCCAGGACCCCAUGAGCUAUACAGAGUGGGGUUGAUGGGAGUCAUAGUCCAAAACAUCUGGAAGGUACUACCUAGGCUACCCCUGCUGUAGGCGUUGGAGCUAAAUUAACUGUGAGGGAAUACGGACUAGCUAUGGCACAGAAACCCAGAAAAACCAAAAAACCUAGUCAACAGCAAAGUUUUCUUUGGGUUGUCUUAGCAUACUGGCUGGUAGCUUUGGAUACACCAGGGCAACUGACAGGAAAUGAGCAGCCCUGGCCAGUCAGGUCAGAGAGUGAAGAUGGGAUCUGAUGACUGAAAACAGGAGAUGGGGGAAACUUGGCUGGAUUCUUUCAGGCCCCCAGAGCCCAGUAUCCCAUCAGUACUUCCUGAUGAGAUCCAACAUAGGCCAACAGCUACACUGGUGCACCUUAAUCUGGGUCUCUCUAGGCUUAACUUGCCUUGAGGAAGCUGUUUUGUUUUUCUCUUGUUUUCAGUUCCCCUUUUUGUGUAUUUGGGAGCAUAUGAACAACCUAGCUGACAAGGUUCAUAAGAGGAAAAGGGAACCUAAACACUGCAGUGUUGCUUAUUGGUGACCCUCUAUAAUCAUUGGCCGAACUUCUGUGAUGUCACAACAGGUCCGCUUGAAAUUCCAGAAUAGUCAUGUUAGUUCCAGGGGCGGGUGGGGUGGGUGAGAAACAAAGAAUCUAUUAGUACCUUCAAGGCCAGCUAGCCUAUUUGUACAGUCCACUUUUGCUAAAGUGGUAAGUGGGCAUCAUGCAAGGAGGGGCUUCAGGGGAUACAAAGGUAAACUGGGAAAUGGGGAGAGCUGAAAGAAACUGAAAUGCCAGAGCACUUCCUGAUAGCCGAGUUGUGAAACACAAAGGUCUGUUGUAGGCAGGUGUUUCACACACUGUGAUCUGCUAGACUGGGGUCAGUCUGCUCAAUGGGGGAACCUCAAACUGGUCCCAGGAACAAGAGGAGCUGCACGAAGCUGGGAGCCAGACUUGGGACUCAGACUUGAGCAGACACAUGGGCAAAAAAUCAAGGAGAGGCUGCGAGGGGAACAGGAAGAGUUGUCUGUACUGUUUGGGUGUGGGCUGCAGAGUUAAAUAACCAGUUGGGUACUUUAAAGUUGCUUUGAGACUCUUUGUUCUACACAAGCGAUGAAUGUGUAGAAUAAUAUAGGGUAAGAACCAGCCAGAUCUUGAUCUCACAAAUCCUGUUAGCAGCAAUCCUGAGCGCGCGCCCCCCUCUCUUUCAGGCCACGUCCACCAUCACCUGAUCGCUGUGAGGCCCGGUUUGAUGCUAUCGCCAACAUCCGUGGGGAAGUUUUCUUCUUCAAGAGUAAGUAAAGCAAACCCCCCCCCCCCAUACUCCAGAUUAGCUGGCUUGGGAGCGGGCAGGGGGCACCCGAACCUUUUGCUGGGAGAACAAAUCUUUGAUUUCCAGACUCACACGUAAUUUGGCCCACUGGACCUGCAGGGCAACAUAUCCUUCUCUUAUCCAAAGGACUCCAUGUGCAUAAGAAUUGCGGUGCGACCAUUUCCUGCUAGUUUGAUGGGAGGUGGGAUCCUUUUCCAGCAGCCACCUAUAAUAAUGACUUUUUAAACGCAGCGAAUGGUUGCACAGGUUACUUUGAGAAGAGCCAUAUCUCUAUGAUCUGCUUGGCAAGUGGUCCCCGGUGCAGUCUCCAGGUAGAGAACCCCACCGGAAAUUCUGGACAGCUGCUGCCAGCCAGUGUAGACAGCUAGAUAGACCCCCUUGGUCUGACUCAGCCCCAGAAGGGAGCUUCUGGUGCUCCAAUGAUCAUAUAAUUGUGCUCUUUGAACACACUUUCCCCUGUGCCACCUCCUUGCAAAAGAACAAUUCUCUGAUUGGCAUUUGUAAAGUUUUCUGUGGCAUGUUGUUUGCCUUCUGGAGUUUUCAAACAGUGGGUUUAGGAGAGGCAACUGUUAUUUGGUUUCUGAGCUGGCUAAUAGCACCCUAUAUAACCCCUUUCACAGAAAAACAUUUCUGGAGGCUGCAACCAAGCCAGCACCUGGUUUCCCUAGAGCCGGCACAGACGCUGCGGUUUUGGAACGGGCUUCCCCAGGAUUUCAAGGCCAUUGAUGCUGCCUAUGAACGGGCCAAUGACAGCCAAAUUGUGUUCUUCAUUGGUGAGUGUGACGCACUGACAAUCGAAGACGGGGCUUCUGGUCUCUUUGGAAGUAGAGUGCAGUCGAAUAUUUAAAGAAGGGUGAUAACUGGGAGAAUGAACUUCCCUUUAGGAUUUUUUUCUGGAACCCUGGGAAUUGGGAGGUUUCCUGGAUCCAGCUGCAGGAAUCCAAGCAAUGUGAAAUCUUAAGUAUUCACCUGCAGCAGCGAGGAGGCUGAGCUUGCAAUUCAGAGUGGUGGCAUAUAUGUGCAGACUAAUAACAACCACUCUAGGGUGCAAAUGUACAACAUCCUGGGAGCUGAAAUCUUGUGAAGAAGCUUCCCUUUUCAAACCAUUUCUAAUUUUAUUUGAACAUUGCGUAUGUAUUAAAAUGUGCGCUAGGCCGUAAGGUCUGACAUACUUACACUUUUAGCGGUCCUUGCUUUUACACUGUUGAAAACUAUAAAUCAAAAGCGACUGUGUUUUUAAUACACACCCCCAACCUCAGAUGCUUCCGAGCAGAAUUCAAUUUGUAAAUAAUAUGAAUGUCUAUUUAGCCUUGACUAUUAGAUCCAGUUAAUUCACUGUGUCUGACUGUGAUGUAAGCAAUACUUUGGGGUGUCUGGACUAGAGAGGAAGGUGGGAGUGUAGGAUACAAAUAGUCUGUGCUCUGUGGAAAUCCUUCACAUAAGGCUGCUAGAAUCUCUUCUGGUAAUGGAUCCUUUUUCUUCCUCAUUCAUUCUUCCUUCUCUGCAGGGUCCCACUUCUGGGUUUUCACUAAUACUCAGGUGAACCCGGGCUACCCCCGUCCUGUGUCCGAUCUUGGCCUCCCUCCCCGCACUGUCGUGGGUGCUGUUUUUGUGUGGCCUCACAAUGGCAAGACGUACCUCUUCGAAAAGGACCAGUACUGGCGCUAUGAUGAUCGGAUGGGUCGGGUGGAACAGGGAUACCCCAAGCCUGUCAGCCUUUGGAAAGGAGUACCUAAUGACCUGGAUGAUAUCACAAGCUGGAACGAGGGUAUGUUUCCGUUGAAACUGACUCCCUUUCGGAAAGUAUCAAAUGUGUCCGUUCCUGGCUGUGCUUUCCCUGACAAUAAUUGCAGGGGUGAGGAAGAUAUACUUUUUUCGUUGGACAGCUUUGCAAAUAAAAAUUAGACGACAGUUUCUUAACUGCCCUGACUGUCACUAACAGAAGGAAAUGGUUGUGGUAAUGGGGAACUCUUAACUUUCCAGGGUAAUGAAGGAAAGCCUACCAUUCUAAUGUAACCAGUUCUAAAAGAGGCUGUUGUGUGACCCAUAUGCCCAAUAGGCCUGUAGCCAGAAAUGUUAUGGAAAUGGAGGCCUUGGGAGUAUAUUGUUUUGUGUGUGCAGAGAGGAAACGCAAAAACCAGAGCAGCCAGCACUUACAUAUGGGAAGUCUGAUACAUUUAAAGUUGUUUAAUUAAAUUUUAUAUUUUAAAAAAAUCAUUAGGAGUCCCCUAUUGAACUGGCAGAGCUGCAUUUCACUGAGAAGAGAGACUAGUUGAUGCGUUAGUUAUUGUUGAUUUCUUGUUAUUGUCAAAUCUUAAAUAAAAUUUAUUAAUUAAAAAAAGAAAACCACUUUGGGAACUGUGAGCAUAGCUGUCAACUUUUCCCUUUUCUUGCGAGGAAUCCUAUUCAGAAUAAGGGAAUUUCCCUUAAAAAAGGGAAACGUUGACAGCUAUGUCUCUGAGGUGAAUAGGCAGUCUCCUAACAACUCUCAGCCCCCUUUACAAACUACAGUUCCCAGAAUUCUUUGUGGGGGGAGCCAUGACCAUUCCAGCAUCAUGCCUGUAUAUAAGUGCAGACGGCGCCUCUCUGGCUCCCCCAGCUGGCCAUAGGCAUAACUCUCUGCUUGCGUCUCAACCUGUUCCCUCCAUUCUCAGCUUUGCCUUUGUCUCUCUCUCUUCACCUGCAGGCGACACUUACUUCUUCAAGGACACCCAGUUCUGGAAGUUCACUGGUGGCAGCGUGGAGUCCGACGCCGGCUACCCACGUUUCAUUUCCCAUCACUGGCUGCACUGCGAGGGCUCUGCCACGUCCCCCCCUCCCUCCCCAAGGCAGGGGCCAGAGAAGGGGAUGUGCAUCUGUGGGGCAGCAGCCCCAAAGGCAGCCCCCGUCUUGGCCUUUGGGAUCCUGGCCUUCCUUUGGGCUGUGGCCUGCUGACCUACCUUGGGCAGCUACAAAAGUAUUGAAAGACUAAUGCACUUUAUAAUACCCAAAGGAAGGGACCUGCUGGGAAGGGAAUGUGUGGUGUCCCUCCCCAGGAACAGUCUCAGAGCCAAAGCUUUCCCUUCCUCCCCCCCCCCCCCGCCUUCGAAGGUGCUCUCACCCCUUCCAACCUGCUUGGCCCCUCUCUACUCCUCCCCACACCCCUCAAUUUCAUGCUUAGUUGUUGGUUUGUUAUAUUAAAAAAUAGGUGCUAAGACUGCUUGCAGGCCACACCCACUGACCUGAAAACUCUUCCCCCUAGUCCCAGGUAUGUGGCGACGGUCUGAUUUCUCAGGGGUGAAGGAAAUGCACUCUGUACCUGUUCAGAGGCACUAUCCUUUUUAAAAAUCAUUACUUCACACAGCGCAAGCCUGGAUUGGGGAUCAAGCCCUGCCCAGUUCAAAUCCUCCAUCUAGCCUCAGUUAUCCCCAUUGAUCUGGCGAUGCCCCUUCCUUGCCUUUCUCCCAGUGGGAGACAUACGGAGGGCUUAAUCAUCAUCUUGAAUCAGGGCUUAAGCGCAGACCUGGCACUUAAGGUGUUUUCAUGCACAUAGAGAUAGGUGAGUGGGAUUAGUGAGAAGAUGCGCUUUGUUACAAGGCCGGAGGGGGGUGGGGAGAGAUGUGGCUUUUUCCCUGCAAAUACAUCACCAAAGGUGGCUUGCUUUCUGGGUGGCGCUUGCCCACACUGUGACAAUAGCCACGUGCAAACUUGUGGUGCAAAACACAAAUCAGAGCAGCAAUGUACGCAUUCGAAAAACCUCCCUCUCCCUUCUCAGAGCCGAUGCCAAGAAAAUAUAACAAGGGUGAUUAAGUUAUUGGGUGAUUUAAAAUUUGGAAUUGGUGAGGAGGGGUCAUGUAAACAGGUGUGCCUUGGCCUCUAUUUUUAUAAUAAAAUCUUUAAAACACG